AUGACCUUCAACGCGGUUAACGACGACGACGGCUACUUUAACGAUCUCUCCAGGCAGCCGCAAUUGGAAUCGCAAGAUUCGUUCAGUCCUCACGACCAGAAUGGCAUCGAUGCUACUGGAGAAGAAAACGGAACGGCGAAGCUAAAGCGUAUUGCGUGCGUGAUAUGCAGAAAGAGGAAGCUGAAGUGCGAUGGGAACAAGCCAAAAUGCGCGACAUGCGCCAGACUUGGACAUAGUUGUGCAUAUGAUGAAGUACGGCGAAAGAGUGGACCGAAGAGAGGGUAUGUCAAAGAUUUGGAAGCACGUUUAGCGCAAGUCGAGGGAAAGCUGAAGAAUCAAGAUAAUAAAAAAUCUAAGAACACGAGUGAACCUGAGCAACAUGGAGUCCCGGAAACUGUCUUCGAGAUCGGGGAGUCUAUGGGUAUGCAAACAGGACUGCAGCAAUCGAUGCCCAGUGUAUCUUACGAUUCCAUGCCCACCAACGACCCCAUCAUGCUACCUAUGACGAAUUUGGCUUCAGAGAUGAUGCCAGACUCAGACUUUGUGCCACAGAUAGAUCUCAACCUCGAUCAGAACUUUUCUUGGGAGAUGAUAGGUCUUGGUCUGGAAGAACCAAUGCCCACGCAGGAAGCAGUCGAUGAAUUACGGGCACGAAAGUACAUCGAGCUUGAUGAGAUGAAAGGCCAAGGCGAAGCGUUCGUAUCCCUUGCACACGCACAGACCUGGACCCUCAUUUGCGCGUACGAAUUCAAGAUGAUGUACUUCCCAAGAGCUUGGAUGAGUGUCGGUCGCGCGGCACGAAUGGCUCUCAUGAUGGGCUUGAAUCGAGUAGACGGUGUCGGCUUGGACGUGAAGCAAUGUCUCCCGCCGCCAAGAGAUUGGACAGAACGUGAGGAGCGGAGAAGGACGUUUUGGAUGGCUUACUGUGUAGAUCGGUACGCUAGUAUCGGCACAGGCUGGCCAAUGGCGAUUGAUGAAAGAGAUAUCAUGACCUGCCUCCCAGUCAGCGAGGAGGCCUAUGAAAGCAGUACAGCCCAGAAAGCGCCAACAUUAGAGGAAGCCAUGAGACCUCAGCAAGCAUCCCAGCUUUCAUCUUUAGCCGGACUCGUGCUCGUCACCCACUUUUUUGGACUCAAUCUCACCCAUCUUCACCGCCCGGAACCCAACCAACAAGAACACGACAUGAAUGGACCAUUCUGGAAGCGGCAUCGCACUAUGGAUAACGAUCUGCUGAAAACGGCUCUCCAGCUUCCUUCGUAUCUCCGGCUGCCCUCGGGUAUAAGAAAUCCCAACAUUGUAUUCCUGAACUUCGCCCUCCACACUUCCACAAUAUGCCUCCACCAAGCAGCGAUAUUCAAAGCAGAGAAGAACCAACUACCAGACAACAUAACUGAGCAGAGCAGAACUCGGUGCAUUUUGGCAGCAGCGGAAAUAGCCGGUGUGAUGCGUUUGACCAGUCAUAUAGAUGUUGCAGGCAUGAACCCUUUCAUGGCUUUCUGCCUCUAUGUUGCCGCUCGUGUCUUUGUUCAGUAUCUCAAGAAGAUGCCAAAUGACCAGGAAGUUCGACAGUCCCUGGAAUUCCUCCUAGCCGCCAUGCGAGCGAUACAGAGGAAGAACCCCCUUUCAGAAUCAUUCUUGGUCCAAUUGAACAUGGAUAUCGAGGGGAGCGGUCUAGACAUCUUUUUGCACAAUCCGGACUACACGUCACGAUAUGUGGAAGGAAUGGACUCGAGCAAUCUGCCGGCCGAUUACGCUGGCAGCAAGACUCACUGCUCCCCUGUCUUCCACAUCUCAGAAAAAUCUGAAGAUGGCCCGUCUCCCGGCGAUAAUCGAUCCUCUGAAGACACACGAUUGCCAAAAGACGACGCCAAGAAAGAAAGCCCAACAGUCCGGACAGAAGAUUCUCGCCAGCGAACAUAUGCCUACCGCAACGUCGACGUCAUUUCCCGAAUGCAUGGCACACCUCGACCCUUCUUUCCGGAAAAUGUGCAAUCCCAUUCCUAUCGGCCUCCAGGUGAAGUUCAAAACAAGCCCGACGCCCACUCUCAACGAUAUGAGAAAAUCUUUCCGAGCGACGACUGGAAUCAAGGCAACAUCGCUACGGUGGCGGGCCGUAACUCAUUUACGGAUAACGACAAGAUCAACGCCAUUAAUGCGAACAAUCGGCACUUGGAUACCGAAAUGGCCGACCAGUCCGCCAAUUCCCGGGGUCCAACGCCGCAGUCGAACAGCAGUUAUAAUCACUCGUCAUCAAAUACAUCAUACUCCCCAUCGCAGGGACAUGAGGAUGACCAAACUACGUCCAGUACUGGCGGAGGAGGUAAUUACAUGAUGGGAUUCGCACCUCCCACUCAUAGUACCAUCUUUACCGGAGAGGGUGUCAAACACGCAAUGAGCCCGCCAGCACAACAGCAAGAAGAUCCUUUUAAGAUUCCAGCGGGCUGGGACAUGGGGACCGGAAUGACGCCCGGCUCGGGAAUGACUCCUGGAAGUUUGACGGGCAUGACGUCGGACGGUGGUUGGGAGAAGCUUAUGGAUAGUAUGGGGUGGGAGACGGGGAGGACUGGGUGA